CUGCGCAGUAGACAGCGUGAAAAUGUGAAUCAUCGAUGGAAAAAGAGAGAGAGAGAGAGAGAGACAGAGAGAGGUGACUGUAGAGUGAUGGGACCCGGCUGAGGGAACAGCAGCGAGUGAUCACUCUCCGAACUGGUAAUGACAGCAGGUAGACAGAUGUGAAGGAUGACUUCUUGCUCAGUGAUCUGUGGGUCAGAAUAUGGUGAGCAAACUCAAGCCAGCGGAAAGUGCCAGCAGUAUGGAGUCCGCUCCUACCUACACCAGUUUUAUGAGGAGUGCACAGCUUCUAUCUGGGAACGUGAUGAAGAUUUUCAGAUUCAGAGAUCGCCUAGCAGGUGGAGCUCUUUACUCUGGAAGGUCUGUCUCGCGUUCGGCACCCUGAUCUUGUUUGCAGGCCUCAUUGUUGUUUUGGUGGGUUAUGCCACGCCAGCCAGGAUUGAAGCAUUUGGCGAGGAUGAUCUCCUUUUUGUUGACAGCCAUGCUGUCAGUUUCAACCGCGCACUGGAUGUCUGUAAGCUGACUGGUGCUGUGCUGUUCUGUGUGGGAGGCUCCUCCAUGGCUGUGGGUCUCCUGCUGUCUGCCUUUGCCAAAAACUACUCCAAAGAAGAACUGUAUCUGCAGCAGAAGUUUAAGGAGAGGUUGGCAGAUCUGCACACCGUUGGUACCCCCAUAAUGAGAGCACCGACCCCCGGAGAGGGAAAGGUGCCAGUCACACUUUCCAAAGUCCAGAACAUCCAGCCAACAACCCCAAAGUCGGAGACCUGACAGAAGUCCAGAUGAAGGCAGAAAGUGAAGAAGUGUGUAUGAUGAUUGAUUGGUGUGCAGACUGUGUGUGAGUGCAAACACAUGUGUGUAUGUCGAACUAUGUGUGCAUUUUCUCUUUUGAAAGGUCAGCUUACGUGACAGAUAGUAUUGGUUCUGCAUCUGUAUUUGCUGUGUUUGACAUUAAAGCUUGAUUUUAAGGUUAUAUAGGUGGAGAGUUAAUAUAGCUGAGCAAAGUUUAAGUCAUCAGUUGUAUGAAAUUCAUAGUAAUCCGACAAAGCACAGGUCUGGAGCCCUACUCGGAAAACAAACCACAGAAACAAAUCAAUAGAACACAGCUGCUGAACAACAGCAUCGGAGUGUCCACUAUUUUUCUGUCGAGAGGAUUCACAUUUCGUAAAAGAGGAUGGUGUUACUGCUGGAGGGUGUAGAGCAACAGAUGCAGUGUUGUUUGAAGUUAUUGGUGAUUGGCCCCCAUUCCCAGAAAUGAUCAAAAGAAGCACUGAACACAACAACCAUUAUCUCUGCCUAGUGUCUAAAAGGACAUCAGAGGAUGAGUGUUUAUAUGUGCAGAAUACUUUGUGCAUACUGUGUGUACAUGUAUAUGUAUAUGCAACUUCAUUACAGCUGUCAAUCAAAACCGCACAAUAUGAAUACAUGUGCUUUAGCUUAUGAACAAUUCUUACAAGCACUGUUUACAUGCAACAACAAGCAAGAGAAGUCUUAACAGAUACUUUGCUUGAAUUUCACAGAUCAUCAGAACAGAUUAGAGAUAAUCACUGAUUAGAACAGACCUCAAGGGUAGAUUUCGCACUGACUUUAUUAGGCCUCUGACCUUGUCUCCUUCACUGAAUCUUCAGGCAGAAUCGAUAGACGAGACCAGACAGACUGACGAAAGGUACAUUCAACCAGACGGAAAAUGUAGAACAUAAUCUGUCACUCAAAAAAAUUGUAAUCAAACAAAUUACUUUCUAGAUAAUACAAUUAAGGCAUUCAUCAUGCUUUCUAUCUUUGAAUUUUUUUUUUGUUUUCCUAAAAACUUUAACAUUACGCAUUAUCUUCCUUUCUUUGUCUCCUUCUCCCCCCUGUGACAAACGCAAGCAUGUAAACACACACCUACCUUUUUGCAACAUUUUGAAUCCAUCUGUUGUCAGCUAGUAGUCAUGAGUUGGUAAAAAAGAUGUGCAGGUGCUGCGUGUUAAAAUGAAGAUGGAGCAAGGGUGCAUCAAAAGAGACAAACAACAUGACAGAUGUGUUACAUAACAGGGGGAUGAAGAGAGCACAUCCAGCUCUCCAAUGAAAUCACAUCAGCUACAUCGUGUUUGACAGCGCUCAUUGUUUUCAGUCUGUCUGGAUCCAUAGAUGCUUCAGAUACAAUAACUGCCUUCCUGUGCUUACACACAAAACUUGAAACUACAUAGGAUAUGUUAACAUAAGCUGAACAGUAUACAAUAUGUAAUACUGUAGAAAUGAUGAAAUGUUGCAUCAUCAAAGUUUUUUUUAACUGGUUGCAUAUUCACUUGCAUACUAUAUGUGAAACAGAAGUUACAUCAAGAAGAUAUUUAUUUUAUUUUAUUUAUUCUAUACAAGUGCGGCACUCACACACACUAACUUUAACUUACAAGCACAACAAGCUGUUAAUGGUCAUGUGUUGCUGCUUUUUCAAAACAUUUGUCUAUAUGUAUUAGAAACCUAUAUUUAAAUAUUGUGACACUUUAAAUUGUUAUGUUUGCUGUUCCUUUUGUUUUGCUUAUUUAUCUUUUGAAUUAAUUGCACACAGAUACAACAUAUACACCUUUUACUGUACUUGGUUAGAAUAGUUGUAGUAGUCACAGUCCAAGUGCCAUCAAGCUACAUGUGUCCUACUGUGAUUCAAUGCUGCAGGUCAUUCAAAUUUCUCUAAUUUGUAUACUUACUGUAUACAAUUAAAUAAAUUGCUAUGCUGGCUACAUAUGUUUAUGUAAGUUGACCUUUUAAUAUUAUUCCCACAACCUCCACUUUUCUGUCAUUCUACUUUUACUUUGAAAAAUUACGUGAUCUCAUUUUAACACAUUUGUUCUCAGAUACAACACAACCACUGUCAAGCUGCAAACCUACAGUACAAGAAGAACAACUAAGUGGUUAGACAAGCUGUUAUAAACAAACCCUCCAGUGUGAUCAAAGCGUUACUAAGCGAUCAAUAAAUGUGCUGACUUGUAGUAUGCCGUGAAUUGUGAGUUUAUUUUUAUCCUUAAUUAGACCAAAGUUGAGUUCUGCAUUACAAUCCCAAAUCCACAAUGGAUACUUUGCUGCUCUUCAUCUGACCAUCAAAAAAAAAAUGGUCUCCCAGUUUAAGUGUAUCCUGAUGUAACAGUGGAUUUUCCCAGUAAAUAAAAAAGUAUACUGUUCUUAUUGGAGGUUGGAUUGGAUAAAGAACAAAUAUAUAUCAAUGUCUAUAUACAGUAUGUCUAUUUUUCAAAGAACACAAUAAAAUUGAAAUAUCCACAGCUCAAAA